AUGAAACUGCUAGCAGGGACAGGCGGUAUUUGCUUCGCCCUUUCGUCGAAAGCCCUCGCAUCGGCCUCGCCAUUCUGGUAUCAGAAACAGGAGGUUAGGAGGGACUAUUCCAGGGAAAAUUCUGGCUCGCUUCCUGCCAAAUUGGUUGUUCAUGUCCCCAAGGAUGAGCCCGAUGCGCUUCAUUUACAAACGAUCGAUGAGACUAUUGUUGAAGCGGUCAAUGGCAUCAUCACGCUCACCACUACGGAUGGACAACGCCAGCAUUGCACGCCAUGGCCUGCAGUGAUUGUAGAUGACUUCUUGAAGCGCGUUGAUUUGAACAUGCUUCUUGCUGGUGAUUCAAGGGAGUUUUGCAAGAGGAGGGAGCAGUCCGGCAUCGAGGAGCGAAAUGAGGAAGACAUCUAA